UCUCUUCUGGAGAUCAAAAAAACAAACGCGAACUCACCCAACUCGCUCCUCCGACUCAGCCAUGUGGAGAAGCUCGCUGAGUUUAUCAUCGAAACUCGUCCAUACAUCCAACUCCAACGCAUCUAUCCUUCUCCUUCGUGCUCCCUUAACUCACCAUGGACUUCUGAGCCGAUCCACGUCGUCGGCCGCCGGGUCAGAGUCAACCGCGCCUGCCGAUUCGGUGAAACUAGGGCUUUCGUCAUCCUCAUGGGCUCGAGACGGGCAUUCUUCAUCGGCCGUCGACUUGUCGUCGUUCGCGGCGGCAUCGGUUUUAAAGAGUAGGGAGGUGGUCGACUUGGCUAAGCACUACGGGCGCUGUUACUGGGAGCUCUCCAAAGCUCGGCUAAGCAUGUUAGUGGUUGCAACGUCUGGCACUGGAUAUGUUCUUGGGAGUGGCAGUGUGAUUGAUUAUACGGGCCUUUGGGCCACAUGUGCAGGCACUAUGAUGGUUGCAGCGUCUGCGAACUCCCUAAAUCAGGUGUUUGAGAUUAAAAAUGAUGCAAAAAUGAAGAGAACCAUGCAUAGGCCACUUCCUUCAGGCCGCAUUAGUGCACCUCAUGCUGUUGCCUGGGCAUCCACUGCUGCUAUAGCUGGCACUUCUCUGUUGGCUUGCAAGGCGAACAUGUUGGCAGCUGGCCUUGCUGCUUCUAAUCUUGUUCUUUAUGCAUUUGUAUACACUCCACUGAAGCAGAUACAUCCCAUCAACACAUGGGUUGGUGCUAUUGUCGGUGCUAUCCCACCACUUCUUGGGUGGGCUGCAUCAUCUGGUCAGGUGUCACUAAAUUCCAUGAUUCUCCCGGCUGCUCUAUAUUUUUGGCAAAUACCCCAUUUCAUGGCCUUAGCAUACUUGUGCCGCAAGGAUUAUGCAGAUGGAGGGUUUAGGAUGUUUUCCCUGGCUGAUGCUUCUGGUCGGAGAACAGCUUCAGUGUCCUUAAGGAAUUGCCUGUAUUUACUUCCACUUGGUUAUCUAGCCUAUGAUUGGGGAUUGACCUCAGGGUGGUUCUGCCUUGAGUCCACACUUCUUGCUCUUGCCAUCAGCUGUACGGCAACAUCAUUCUACAUCAACCGCACAACGAAAGGUGCCAGGAGAAUGUUCCAUGCCAGCCUUCUCUAUCUUCCCGUAUUUAUGUCCGGGCUUCUAUUUCAUCGUAUAGAUAACGAGCAACAGGCGACUGUGGAGAACCCUCAUAAGAUAACAGAACUCUCAUAUUCCUCAGAAAACACAGUGUUCACGCAGCAAAAGAGAGGCAAUGCAGCACAACCACGCCCACCCGUUGCAUAUGCUUCAGUUGCCCCAUUUCCUUUCUUGCCAGCUCCUUCAUACGCCAUGUCUGAAUCUUGAGUCUCUGUAUUUAUAUUUUUGAAUAAAGACAUCCAUCAGCUGCUGUGAAGAUGCAGUGGUUUUGCUAUUCUAAACAUGAAUUAUUUCAUCAAUUUUGAUUCCAGCAGUAUAUUACACAAUAAUGCUUUUAACAGUAACAAUCUUUGUUUUGAUUUGAUACAAAAUACCUUCCAAUUGGCUCCAA